AUGACAUUCAAGUAUAAAGGCAACCCCUGUAUUACGUCUGCGAUAAGGGAUGAAAUGAAUAUCCGGGAUAAGUUACUGAGGAGAGCGCGAAGAACGAGAUUAGAGAGUGACUGGUUGAUUUUGAGAGCUAAAAGAAAAGAGGUUAAGAGAAUGAUAAGAAACUCUGAAAUUGAGUUUGUUCAAAAUAGGAUUUCCGAAUGCCAUGGGAAGCCUGGAGCUAUGUGGAAGAUUAUACGUAAUUAUGCCCCAACAUCUAGAGCGUCUGCAUCUACAGUCCAAUAUACCAAAGAUACUCGGGCGACAGCCGAUGAGUUUAAUGAUUACUUCACCUCUGUUGGCCAGAACACGGCAGAAACUGUUCUUAAUUUAGCCAGUGAGUACAAUAUAGAUAUUUCUUCAAAUACAGCUCCACCCGUUACACUUGUGUCAGAACAGUUUGAAUUUAAACCAAUAACUCAACAUGACCUUGAGACUUGCAUUGGUAAAAUGCCUGCGAAUAAAUCGCCCGGAGCUGACAAGAUUCCUAUGAAACUUUUUCAUGACUGUCUGUCCAACAUUUCCUCUCCAUUGACAGAUAUUAUAAACCAGUCAUUUGAAACAUCAGUGUUUCCAGAGGACUGGAAAUACACGGUAGUUGUACCUCAUCUCAAGGAAGGGGACCAUGAAGAUGCCAGAAACAAUCGUCCAAUAUCACUUUCACAAUCUGCUUCUAAGAUAUGUGAGAGAAUUGCCUUAAAUCAAUUUAUGAAUUACUUGGAUGCAAAUGACUUACUCACAAAUCACCAGAGUGGGAACAAAAAAUAUAACUCAACAGAAACGCUGAAUAUCCAUGUUACUGAUUUUAUACUUAAAGCUAUGGAUAAAAAACAGAUGACCGUGCUAGUCCUGUUGGAUCUAAGUAAGGCUUAUGAUAGUAUAAACCAUGAUUUACUUCUUGGCAAACUCAGAAGCCUAGGAGUAUCGCCAUCAGCACUUAGAUGGUUUUAUAGUUAUCUAACAGGCAGGAGACAAGCCGUACGCAUUGGAUCAACUUUGUCCAGUAAGCUACCGAUAAAAAAUGGGGUUCCACAAGGUUCAAUUCUUGGACCUAUCUUGUUCAGCUUGUAUAUUAAUGACUUACCUACUGUUGCACAGCACUGUAACAUUGAAUCGUAUGUAGAUGAUUCCAAACUAUUUUUGGCUUUCUCCUUAAACGAAUUAGAUGAUGCUGUAACCAAAGUUAACCAAGAUCUUAAGUUGACCUUUGAAUGGUGUUGCACCAACUACCUACUUAUCAAUCCUACUAAGACAAAGGUAAUGGUAUUUGGAGUACCCCAACUUGUUUCCAAGUUACCUCAGGAUAUAACAUUUACUCUAAUGGACAAACAACUUACAAUUUCAUCAAAUGCGAAAGACCUUGGUGUCACAUUGGACCCAUAUCUGAACUAUAACGAUCAUGUAGCUAACGUAGUGUCCUCUUGUAUGAGCGCAUUGGUACAAAUAAACAGAGUUCGCCACCUAUUUAAGCGUGAAAUUUUAAUCAAAAUCAUAAAUUGUUUGGUAUUCAGUAAAUUAUAUUACUGUUCCUCAGUGUGGGCAUCAACAUCUGAAACGAAUAUUGGAAAGCUUCAGUGUGUUCAAAAUUUCGCUGCUAGGAUAGUAACUGGAACGAAAAAGUUUGAACAUAUUACUCCCAUUUUAAAAGACCUGAAGUGGCUGCCGGUUGCAAUGGAACUUUAUAUUAGGGAUGCUGUCAUGACAUUUAAAUGUGUAAAUGACCUUGCGCCAUCUUAUCUGUGUGGGAAAUUGAAUAAAAGACAACAAAUAAGUGGUCGUAUAACCAGACAAUCAAAUGACUUUCAGAUACCCAAAUGCAGAACUGCAACAGGGCAGAAGUCUUUUGAGUAUCGCUCUGUAUCUAUUUGGAAUUCGCUCAGCCCAACUGCCAAACAGUUGUCCUCAAUUAAACAUUUUAAACAUUAUCUUAAGAAACAUUUUCUUAAUAUAUUUUUAAAAAGUACCUAG